GCGGCAUGCACCUAUAAGAUUUGUUUGCGGACCGCCAUAAUACCAAAGAAGAAGAAGAGGCUAGCUUGGCUAACCACAUCAGCUGUGUGCCACAUUUUCGUGAAGCUUUUGAACAGCGUUGCCAUCCAGACCUUUUUUUUUUUGUUGCCAAGACUGAGCUCUAGGACCAGACAUGGCACGUGGUCAUCAAAAAGUCCAGUCUCAGCAGAAGAAUGCCAAGAAACAAGCGGAGGCCAAGAAGGCCAAGGGACAUGAUCAGAAGACGGCCGCAAAGGCAGCUUUAGUGCACACCUGCGGUGUCUGCCUGUCACAGAUGCCGGACCCCAAAACCUUCAAGCAGCAUUUUGAGAGUAAACACCCCAAAUCACCAAUGCCCCCAGAGCUGGUCGAUGUUGACUCUGGCAUCUGAACCGGACUCCCACUGAAGACCCCAGCUAUGUUCCUUGUUUAAGGCAAACUGUCAAUGCUGAAAACAAACCCAUCUCUCUCUUAUCCACACCCUCACACAGAAAACAAACCCCUCUCUCUUAUCCACACCCUCAAACAGAAAACAAACCCCGCUCUCUCUCUGAUCCACACCCUCACACAGAAAACAAACCCCUCUCUCUUAUCCACACCCUCAAACAGAAAACAAACCCCUCUCUCUCUCUGAUCCACACCCUCACACAGAAAACAAACCCCUCUCUCUCUUAUCCACACCCUCAAACAGAAAACAAACCCCUCUCUCUGAUCCACACCCUCACACAGAAAACAAACCCAUCUCUCUCUUAUCCACACCCUCACACAGAAAACAAACCCAUCUCUCUCUUAUCCACACCCUCACACAGAAAACAAACCCAUCUCUCUCUUAUCCACACCCUCACACAGAAAACAAACCCCUCUCUCUCUUAUCCACCCCCUCAAACAGAAAACAAACCCCUCUCUCUCUCAUCUACACCCUCAUACAGAAAACAAACCCCUCUCUCUGAUCCACACCCUCAUACAGAAAACAACCCCCCCCCCUCUCUCCCUUAUCCACACCCUCAUACAGAAAACAAACCCCCCCUCUCUCCCUUAUCCACACCCUCAUACAGAAAACAAACCCCCCCCUCUCUCCCUUAUCCACACCCUCAUACAGAAAACAACCCCCCCCUAUCUCCCUUAUCCACACCCUCAUACAGAAAACAAACCCCCCCUCUCUCCCUUAUCCACACCCUCAUACAGAAAACAAACCCCCCCUCUCUCCCUUAUCCACACCCUCAAACAGAAAACAAACCCCUCUUGUUAAAUGCCUAAUGUCUCUUUUGUUGAUCUUUCAUCCUAGUUUCCAGUUUCUCCCUGUGUAUUACCUAGAAAUAGACACAAUCUCUAUCAUUGUUUCCUUUUAGUUUAUAAUUGAAUGUUGGGUAGAAUGGAGCAGAUGUCCAUUCCCAGCUGUGAGAGGUUGAAGAUGAUCCCUGAUCUGGUGUUAGGUCUGUAGCAUUCUUCUCUUCUAGUUCUAAUCAAUGCUUUGUUUUUGGCUGAUCAAACCCAUCAUUUUUGACAGCGAUGAUCCAAGCUGAAACAUGUUGUGACUUGUUUUCUAAUUCACAUCAAACUCCUCAGCAUAAUUUGUACACUUGGAAAAUGCAUUCAUGCCCCAAUGAUGUAAUAUAACAUUCAAUAAAGUUGGCCUUGUUUAGUAUCUGCUUCAUCUGGUGGCAGAGCUCUGUAAUGGAAA